ACACAUUCACACAACAAAUAUUAUCAUAAAGAAAAUAAAAACAAUGAGUGAGCUUUUCGACUCUCUCCCCACUUGGGAUCUCCAUAACAUUGGAUCACUCUUCAACCAAAACUUCAAUUUAGAUGCAUGUUACGACAUUGAUGAAUCGCCAGAGCAUGUUCUCCAUUCGCCGGAGGUGGAUAUUAUCGGCGACGUAUCCACCGGCUACCUCGAAGAUGCACUUAUCGAAUUCAGUGUGAAAAGGAAACGGAGACGUCUUUCGUUCAACGCUGAGGACAAGCCACAUAAUCACUUUGGCAAUUUUCAGAAUGAUUGGGGAAUCUCUGAGAUUUAUAGCUGCACGAGUAGUCAGUUUGCAGAAGAAUCUCCAAAUUCAUCCAUCAAAAAAAUUUCAGAUACCUCAAAUCAUUCGAAACACUCUCUCGAGCCUUCGUCCACUUCAAAGAAAAAUUACAAUGACAAGAAGAAGAGAGUGGUGUAUCCGUUUGGAGUGGUGAAACCAGGUGGUAGAGAAGAAGAUGUAACCCUAAAUGACAUAAAUAAGAGGAUUCUCAUGCCGUCAUCUCGGCCAGUUCGGCAUCCGGUUGGAGCAUUUGCAUGCCGUCCGUGUCUCUCUGCUCAUGGACCGGGUCUUUCAGGCAAAGCCGUGGUUGCUUUCACGAAGAUACAAACAUUAGGGAGGGGUACAAUUACUAUAAUAAGAACUAAGGGGUGAGAUAUGUAAUAUUGGCAGUAAUACUGGCGAUCUCUUAUAGAUAGUUUGUAAUCGAGACGAUGAGACAAAGUUAAUCAUUGGUUGGCAUGUUUAAACCUGUUGUUGUAUAUAAUGAAAAAGAUGGAUAUAUAUAUAUAUGCAUGGUUAUAUUAUGAAUUAUUGUAUAGUUUCUU